CAGAGACAGCCUAUCUUUAGUCUAAUAGAUCACAACAAUGUCUGAGCCGUCCAGUCCUGCAGCACGCGCUGCCCGAUCCAAAUCGGCACCUGCUCAGUUAGAAACCGCACCAGCAGAUCUCACCCCACCUCAAACAGACGCGAAUCCCGUCUCACCGAACAAAACAGCGCCUGCGAAAGAUUCAUUGACUUCGCAUGCCGCCUACUACCUCGAAAAGUCCCGCGCUAGACUCUCGCUCCAGACAAUGCAGCUUGAGAUCGCAAACAUCGAGGCUGCACUCGAAGGUGCGCAGCCUGACCGUCUAGUCACGGAUCUAAAGGGAAGGCACCUCACUUCUGAGCAAGCAGCGAAGGUACUAGAGCUCCUGAGAGGAUCUCGGGAUUCGCUGAGCAACGUGGUCGAUCGGCUGUGAGAAACUUGCCAGCGGACAUGGAGGUUUAGUCGGUGCGGUUGCACACCUCCAUUUUGAAGAAGAUACUCAGUGUAGUCACAAUUAAUUACUGAAGUGAGUACUGCUGCACGGCAUCUUUGAGGAGAUUGAAGGAGUGGUGAGGAGAAGACGGGGCAGCGAUAGAGUUGAUGUCCUGGAGGGAUCAUAAGGAUGACUCGCGGUAAUUGUCAACACUACUAUAGAACACAGGAGUUUACUACUUUGUCAUCCAAG